CCAUUGCGCAUGACUGUACGUCGUAAUAUGAAGUAGGCCUCCUGUUUUCCUCCCCGAGCCGGAGUCCUCCUGGCCCCCGCCGCCGCCUCCGCCUCCGCCGCGCUCCAUGCGACGCCACGACCGAGCGAGCCGCACCACAAGCGAGGGCGAAGGACUCGGCGAGGUGAGGUGUGGCUCCCACACAAAAGGACAGCCUGAGUAACUCCGCCAGCGUCAAAAGGGCAUUCCAGUUUCCAUGACCACCAUGGCUUUCCUGUGGUCUGGUGACCCCUGAUGACUUUGGCAUCAGAAUUGACCCCAAACCGUUUCCUCCAGCAAGCCCUGAGAAAAGACAUUAACUCACGCCGUGCAUGAGCUGCAGUGGGUCCGUCUCAUUUUUUUCCCCCCGCCCUUCCCUCCAAGGUGGACUUCCAAAUGCCUACCUCACGCCAAAAGAGCCAGUCACCACAUCCACAGCCCUGAUCAGCAGCCACCAUGACAUCAAGCAUAGGGGAUGAUUGUAGCAUCUUUGAUGGGUUGAUGGAAGAAGAUGAAAAGGACAAAGCAAAACGCGUGUCCCGUAACAAGUCAGAGAAGAAGCGGCGAGACCAGUUUAAUGUCCUCAUCAAGGAACUUGGCACCAUGUUGCCAGGCAACACCAGAAAGAUGGACAAGUCCACUAUCCUGCAGAAAAGUAUCGACUUUCUGUGUAAACACAAAGAAAUUGCUGCCCAGUCUGAGUCUAGUGAGAUCAGACAGGACUGGAAGCCUCCAUUUCUUAGCAAUGAAGAGUUUACCCAGCUUAUGUUGGAGGCUUUGGACGGCUUCUUCAUAGCAAUAAUGACUGAUGGGAACAUCCUUUACGUGUCAGAGAGUGUUACCUCAUUACUGGAACAUCUUCCUGCGGACUUGGUGGACCAGAAUCUGCUAAAUUUCCUGCCAGUUGGUGAACACUCAGACGUGUACAAAGCCCUGUCGACACACCCCAACGACCUGGAGACCGUCACGUCUGAUUAUUUAAAGAGUAAGAACUACAUGGAAUUCUGUUGUCACAUGCUGCGAGGGUCCAUCGACCCGAAAGAAUCUCCAGUCUAUGAAUAUGUGAGCUUCAUUGGCAACUUCAAGUCGCUCAACAAUGUUCCCAAUGUGACGAGGAACGGUCUGGCAGGUGUGUUACAGCGCUCGCUGCAGCCUGCCUUUGACGACCAGGUGUGCUUUGUGGCCACUGUACGGCUCACCAAGCCUCAGUUUAUUAAGGAAAUGUGUACAGUAGAAGAGCCCAAUGAAGAAUUCACAUCCAGACACAGUCUGGAAUGGAAGUUCCUAUUCCUAGACCACAGAGCUCCACCCAUCAUAGGCUACCUGCCGUUUGAGGUUCUGGGAACUUCCGGUUACGACUAUUACCAUGUGGACGACCUGGAGACGCUUGCCAAGUGUCACGAACACUUGAUGCAAUACGGCAAAGGGAAGUCUUGCUACUACCGCUUCCUGACCAAAGGUCAGCAGUGGAUAUGGCUGCAGACGCACUACUACAUCACCUACCACCAGUGGAACUCUCGGCCCGAGUUCAUUGUCUGCACACACACAGUCGUCAGCUAUGCAGAAGUGAGGGCAGAGCAGCGAAGGGAGCUGGGCAUUGAAGAGUCCAACCCACAGGUGGCUAUGGAUAAGAGCCAGGAUUCUGGUUCAGAGCUGAACACAUCCAGCCUGAAGGAGGCAUUGGAGAGGUUUGACCGCAGUCGGACAGCCUCAACCUCUUCCAGAAGUUCCCACAAGUCCUCAUCACAUGUAUCCGACAACACCUGCACCUCCUCCAAGAUACACAUGGACACGGCCACACCUCCGCGACAGUCCCUGGCCUCAACCAUGGAGGUGACGUCACAGCGCCGCUCGUCCAUUAGCAGCCAGUCCAUGACCUCUCAGACUACCAGCCAGAGUGUCACUCCAGCCAUGAUCACGCAACAACAGCAGCAACAACAAAAGCAACAGCAGCAGCAGCAACAACAACAGCAACAACAACAACAACAACAACAGCAGCAGCAGCAGCAGCAACAACAACAACAGCAACAACAGCUGCAGGCAAAUGUACAGGUGAGUGGUGAAAUAACAAUUCAUAGUUACCAGCAUGCAUGCUUCUUAAAAGCGUUGUUUGUGCAGCCGGUGAUGGAGUUCUCGGCGCAGGUGAACGCUAUGCAGCACCUGAAGGAGCAGCUGGAGCAAAGGACCAGAAUGAUCCAGGCCAACAUUCAGCGGCAGCAAGACGAGCUAAGAAAUAUCCAGGAGCAGCUGCAGAGAGUCCAGGGCCAGGGUAUCCAAAUGUUGCUGCAGCAGCAGGGGGGAACCAUGAACGUGCAGCUUCCCCAGGUGGGGCCGGUCCAGCAGACCACUGGCCUGAGUGCUCAGGUCCAGCAAGCGGCCAUCAACCCCGUCCAUUCGGGAACGCAGCAGCUCACUAUCCAGCAGCAGCAGGCCCCUCCCCCUCAGCAGAGCCUUCAGCAGCAGCAGGCCCAACGACAGCCUCAGCAGCCUCCCCAGGCUCAGCUGCAGACCCAGAACUCUGUGCCGGCCCCGCUCUACAACACCAUGAUGAUCUCCCAGCCGGGCCAGCCCAACGUGCUGCAGAUCAGCACCAGCCUGCCGCAGAACAACACGCCACAAGGCACCACAGUGGCCACCUUCACGCAGGACCGGCAGAUACGCUUUCCAGCAGGGCAGCAGUUAGUGACCAAGCUGGUCACGGCUCCAAUGGCAUGUGGUGCCGUCAUGGUGCCCACCUCCAUGUUCAUGGGCCAGGUGGUCACCGCCUACAACCCCUUUGGGGGGCAGCAGCAGGGAGGACAAACCCAGACUCUCACCCUCCAACCAGCGCCACCUUCCCAAGGGCAGCAGGACGGGCACAGCCAGACAGCUGUAGUGGCACAGAGCAGCCAGCAGGGGCAGCAGCAGCAACAACAGCAGUUCUUACAGGGCACCCGUCUUCUCCAUGGCAACCAGUCCACCCAGCUGAUCCUGCAGGCAGCGUUCCCACUCCAGCAGCAAGGCACCUUCACCCCGGCGACACACCCACAACCACAGCAGCAGCAGCAACAACAACAACAAACGAGGCAGCAACACCAACAGCCGCAGCAGUCGUCUCACCACCAGCGGCACCAGCAGCAGCUCAAACCUCAGCCUCAGAAGGUGCAGAAAGCGCCAUCGUCACACAGGACUGACAGCGCCAGCAGCCAGCCGCAGUGAAGUCACGCUAAAGAAUUCAGGAACGACGGAAGGCGAGAUGGCGCCAUAGACGUUCACCUGGCAACCCCCCACCCGGUCCCUCCUCCACCCGGGAGGGAGGGGCUUGGUGACCUUGUACAAAAGUCCUGUAUGAUAUGACCUCGUGUACAUACCCAACAUAGCCUCCGGGAAACAGAAAUGUAGUAUUUUAUAUGAUUGCAUGGAAACAAUAACUGUGUACGCUUUUAUGGAAACCUUUUUACUUGCUUCUAAGCCCCGCCCCUAGCCCCGCCCCCAGUUGAAAAUGCCCCGGGGAUAAAAUGUGAGGUGUUUUUGUUGUUGUUGUUGUUUCCCAAGUGCUUUUAAGCACUCUUUGACGCUAAACUUCCUGAUUCCAGUCCAACUGAGAUGUUCCAAGUGCCAAUUUGAGGAUUUCUUCUUUCAAAUUUGCUCUUUUCCUAACACGCUCAUGCACGUGUGUGUGUGUGUGUGUGUGUGUGUGUGUGUGUGUGUGUGUGUGUGUACAGUAUAUAGAAGGGAUUAUUCUUUUUAACAGUCAGAGAGAAACCUAUACGUCAAAACAUAUAUCCUCAUGCAACUUUAGCACUUGAUGUGGUUGUGCACAGUAAGUCACUGUCCAAAUGUGUGUGUGUGUGUGUGUGUGUGUGUGUGAUCCACUUAGUAAGGGUUGUGGGUGGCCAGACGGUACUUGUACUCUCAGGAAUGUGGAAUGAAAGUUGUUAUUUUUGCCUCAGUCCGGCAGCAGACCAUGAAGGGUUAACUAAGGCCACGCCGCAAAAAGACGUUAACGGGGGUGUCCAAAGACUUAAGCAUUUUUGUGCUAAUUUUGCGAGAAAAUAUUUUGUUGCUUGACGAAUGCUACCUGUUAGCACGCCAGCUUUUUUAAAGCUAGUUUUAUAAGUCUACGCCAGUCCUAUUUUGGUACUUGACGUAUGCUAAUGUUACCAUGCCAGCUUUGUUUUAAAGCUAAUUUAGCAUGUGUCAUAUAUGUUGGUAUGUCAGUAAAGCUAACUGUUAGCAUGCUAACUAUUGUAGCUCAUUUUGCCUACGAAAAUAUUAGACACUGAAGUGUAUACCCGCUAAAUUAGCCUUAAAACAAAGCUAGCGUGGUAACGUGGGCAUACAUCAUUUACCAAAAAAUGAGUUCAAAAUGCUAGCAUGGUAGGCAAAAUGAGCUAAAAUAGUUAGCAUGCUAACAGUUAGCUUUAAUGAAACACCAAAAUAUUAGACACUGAAGUCUAUACCUGCUAAAUUAGCCUUAAAACAAAGCUAGCAUGGUAACGCAUUUUGAACACAUUUUUUGGUACUUGACGUAUGCUGACGUUACCACGCUAGCUUUGUUUUAAGGAUAAUUUAGCAGGUAUAUACUUCAGUGUCUAAUAUUUUGGUGUUUCAUUAAAGCUAACUGUUAGCAUGCUAACUAUUUUAGCUCAUUUUGCCUACCAUGCUAGCAUUUUUAACACUUUUUUCGGUACUUGACGAAUGCUAACGUUAUCAUGCUAUCUUUGUUUUAAGGCUAAUUUAAAGUUAAAGUACCAAUGAUUGUCACACACACACUAGGUGUGGCAAAAUUAUUAGCUAGUGUCAUAUAUGUUGGUAUAUUGUUAGCAUGCUAACUAUUGUAGCUCAUUUUGCCUACUAUGCUAGCAUUUUUAACACUUUUUUUUUUGGUACUUGACGAAUGCUACAGUUGGUAUAUCAUCAGCAUGCUACCUAUUUUAGCUCAUGUUUUUUUUUGUUACUUGAGGCUAUCUGGUCAGCGUGCUAACUGUUAGCAUUCCACAUGACAAAAUCUAUAUGCUGUACUGGUUUUGAAGGUAAAAACUACCAAAAUAGCCCUCACAUCCUUUGAUUGGUCAGUCUGUGGUAAUGUUUGUCCACCUCGAUCUGGGAAAAUACACAAAAGUCUCUAGUGGUGAAACAUUUUUUGGGAAAAAUGCCAGCGUGAAACAUUUUUGGCGUCAGCAGUUAACCCUUCUGGUCCUGGUCGGACCUCAGAAGUGUUCAUGCAGUUUAACUUCAGACGUCUGUCAGUUCUCACGCAGCAGUCGAAAGCCGGACCAAGUCCACCUUUCCUCACUACACCUGUAAGCCAUACCCAAACGCAAACACCUCGGUUCCUAGCGAGUGUUCAGGAGUGAUUGUUGUGGAAUGUGUGUGUGUGUUCUUGUAUUCCUACCCUUCUUGAGACGUGAAGAAGGAAAAGUAUCUUCCAUAUGAGGAGGUGUGAACAAGUGAUGACAUAAAUCAAUAACAUUGCAUCUAAUAGACAAUGUCUCAUUUGUGGUAACAUCUAUCAAAAUGAGGGUGGUCCCAAAAAGGAGGGAUUUUUCACAUUGACUGUGUGUCGCUUUUAAAAGUGCUCCCCCUCUGGCCAACAUAUGAAAUAACAAGUGUGUGUAAAAAUUUGAAGUGCGCCCCCUCUGGUCAACAUAUGAAAUAACAAGUGUGUUUCAAAACUUGAAGUGCUCCCCCUCUGGCCAAAGUUAAUUAAAAUAUUGAUAUGUAUGUAGAGACAUACUGAAGUAAGUAAUGAAGAUUAAAAACCAAUUACAAACAAAAAAUUCAACAACAAAAAAAUAAUUAACUAAUAAUGAACUCAAAGGGUCCGUAAAUUGUCAUUUCCUCAAAUGCAAAUCAAAAAACUAAUUUUGGGCCAUUUUUUCUAUUUUUAUUUCUGGAACAAAAGUUGGACAACUAUUUAAUGACACUUUUUUUUUAAAAGACAAUAGGACUCCUGCUGAACAAAGAUGUUAGCUUUAUGCUAAAAACAUGCUAACGGUGAAGGAGAAGUUUUAAAUUUGUCAUCACACAGAUAAACAUGCAUUUUUGCAUUUUGGAUAAACACCAAUUGGAUUUUUGUGUUUAUCUGGAAAGAAAAAAAAAAAACAUAAAAGGAAAACAGCACAAAAUAAAAUUUUAUGGCAAAUCAACCCUUCUUUGUUUGUGUUCAAAAUCGAAAAAAGAGUUGAUUUUCAUUAUAAUAUUGCCAUAAAAUUUUAUUUUGUGCUGUUUUCCUUUUAUGGAUUUUUUCCCCCAGAUAAACACAAAAAUCCAAUUGGUGUUUAUCCAAAAUGCAAAAAUGUGUGUUUAUCUGUGUGAUGACAAAUUGAACCGGAAGCAAUAUUUUAACUUUUUCUUUGCCUUUAGCAUGUUUUUAGCAUAAUGCUAACAGCUUUAGUUCUACUGUCGUUUCAAAAAAGUGUCAUUUAAUAGUCGUCCAACUUUUGUUUCAGAACUGAAAAUAGAAAAAAUGACUUUAAAUAAAUUUUUUGAUUUGCGUUUCAGAAUUAAAAAUAGAAUUAACUCCUAAAAGCUGACCUUUUUUUAUAUUUUCAUAGUAUGUAUAUAUAUUACUCAUGUUGUAAAUACACUUCUUUAUAAGGGUGGUCCUACAGUGGGAGGCUUUUUUCUCAGGUCUCUAGAAGGUAACAAAUACAAGAAUGUGUGUGUGUGUGAAUAUCGUGUCUCUUGGGGUCGGUAUCGGUCCGCCCCGGCGAUAGCCAAUCAGUUCUUGCGUUGCAGUAUGAAGACAAUUGUGAUAUUCAAGAAACUUUCCCGCCAGUUGGGCUCAGUGUUCUGGAAGCUCCAGUGUGGGACUGUCCACUUGAGUGUGUGUGUGCGUGUGUGUGAGAGAGAGUGUGUGUGUGUGUGUGUAUUAUUUACAUAAGGAAAUAACAGAAUGGAUGUAAUGCAGCACCUUGGUCCCGCCCACCCACUAAAGCCCCGCCCACCCAGCGCCUCAAAAAGACUGGUCUCUCCAAAAUAAAAGCUUGUCAGCAAGCAAAAAUCAUCAAUUGUGUGUGCGAGGCGUCACUCUGACGCUCUGUUCCUUUGCUUAGUGUGUCACUGAGAAGCCAGCCCAAAGAAUGUAAAGGUGUGAUUUUUGUUCUGUUGUUUUUAAAAAAAAAGACAAGUGGAUGUUGUUGAUUAUGUGAAGGAAAGAACAAGGGUGUGCAAAAAAAACAAAAAAAACCUAGAAUAUAAUAAUUUUAUGAACAGGUUUUAAAAGACGACUAGUACUUAUUUCCCGAAAACAGAUAUUUUUAUUUUUUAAUGUUGAUGUGUAUGAUUUAUGAAAUCACUGACAAGACAGCGAGUCCCCCCCCCCAUGUACCCCCCCUUGCAGAUUUGGUUGUUUGUAUACAAAACUCUGUAUUCAGUGUAAAACGGUGCUAUGCUUUUCUGUACUGUAUGUGUGUGUGUGUGUGUGUGUGUGUGUGUGUGUGUGUGCUCCUCUCAACUAGCCCAAAGUCAAAUGUACUAUUAAUCAUCAAUAUUUUCAAGUUGAAAAAGAAAAAAAGAAGCUAUUAUUAUAACCGCCCCGCCCCCUCUUGGUCAAUUUGAAAAUAAACACAGCUGCAAAUAUGAUUUAUGAAAAUGUCACUUCAAUUCUCUUGUGGUUUACUUUCUUUGCAGAGCCCCCAAAAAAGCAAAUAUUUCACAGAGAUGGGAUUUAUGGCUCUUUGAAGGGAGGAGAGCCCUUCAAAAUAAUGGCUCGUUAUUUAAUGACUUUUUGUAUUUUAUUAAGGUAACAAUCACUGGUGUCUGUUAAACAAUAAGAUGUGGAUCAGAUUCAUUUAUAGUUUCUAUUGAGAGUAUUCCAUCACUUUGAAUUUUCCCUCAGCUAAAAAAUGUGUAGCAUUUUAUUUAACAAUAUAGAAACAUAUACACAAAUAAAACAUCAAAAAUAAAUUGGAUAUAAAAGAAGUAUAAAUAAAAGGCAGGUUGUGUAUCCUACAUGUUUGCUGACAAUGUGAGUAAAUCACAUCAAUGCCCCUAAUAAGCACUUGGAUUAAAG